CAUUCCUUGUUUAGCUCUGCCCAAGUUAAGUUAAGAAAUGCCAGAAAAAAUAUCAAAUUUAACACAAUCGAUCGAAAAUAACAAUGCGCUGCGACAAGCAUUAGUUGUGAUCGAACAUAAAAUUCGUAAUUUGGAAAAACGAAAGACAAAGUUAGAAUCCUAUCGGACUAUUCAAAGCAGUGGAAAAGAACUUAGCAGUGACCAAAAAGCAGCAGUCGCUAAGUAUGACGAAGUGGCCCAAUCUUUGGAGUUUGCUAGAGACUUAUCUAAACAAAUGCUCCAAAUUGCAAUUGCUUCAGAAAAAGAAGAAAAAAAGCGAGUUCGAAAAGAAGCAAUCCUUCGUGCUCAAGCUGAAACAGCUAAAAUUCGAGAAGUAUUAACAAUUCAAAAUAUAUUGGUAGCAUUUAGUGAUGAGAAUAUUCGAAAUGACUUUUUGAAUGGUGUUAAUGGUGCUGUAAAACUUGAACAAAGUGAUUUGAAUGUAAUGGAGAAAUUUUGCCUCGAUAUUCAAAUUAAGCGCCAGGAGUCACCAAGCGACCAACCAUUUUUGGUUUCUGCUCAAAAAGCUGCUGAACAUUUCUCUCUUACAAUUGAUGGUCGACCGAAACAGUAUGGAGACACAACGUAUGAAAACGUGAAAGGAAUAUUUCAAAAAAUUCAGGAUAGUGGAUAUUUGGAUCGUGCAGGUAAUGACGAGGUAAUUUUUGAAGAAGAGGAGACUAGUGAAGAGCAAGUGGAGGAAAAUACUACAAAUGAAAAUGAGCAAAAUGAUCCCGAGUCGAUAACAGAAAGAAUACCAGAUGUUGAAUCGACACAAAAAGUUGAUCCCACACCGCCUUGCACUAGUGCUUUAGAAGAGCCAGUGCCAGUAAAAACGCCAAUUUCACAAAUAAUUCCAGUUCAAAUUGAUCAACAACCAAAUAAUAUGCCUAAAUUCACAAGCGAAGCGCCUUCGGCUGCAGCAGUUCCUGCACCAGCAUUUCCACCAGCUCCACAAACACCUGUUUCUCAGGUUGUUGCGCCUGGGGGUUUGCCAACGCAACUGCAGCAACCACAAAUAGCAUUACAGCAAAUUCAGCGGCAACAAGGACCGCAUCAGAUUCCUUUGCAGCAUCCACCACAAGCAGUUCAACAAAUUCCAGCUCCAACUGCUCCUGCACAAAUACAGGGCGUGCCAGCGCCUGGACAUUUUCCUCCAACCACGGUACGUGCUGUUGAACAAGCAUACUUUAAACAACAUCAGUAUAUUCAACAAAUGCGGCCACUAGCUGAAGUAAUAGGGGGUGGAAAUUUCUUUUUCCUUCAAGAUAGUGAACUAGACUCUCCAGAUAUGAUUGGAUUGCCAGCUCCACCACAUGGCUUCCCGGCUGGGCAAUCUCAACAUCCCCAGCAACAACCACAAAAUCAACAACAAACUUUAACAGAAAAUCAACAGGCAAACGUAGUAAAUCUUCCGGCAGCAAGUCCGACACAGACACAGCCGUUGCCUGGUUUAAGUGCUAUUCAACAACAGCAAAAUGGGAUUACCCAAGUUUCAAACGUUCAGCAAAACUCGCAGCAGCAGCAGACCCAGCAGCAGCAAUCGCAGACUCAACCGCAGCAAACACAGCAACAGCCACAAAUAAACAAACAAUCCGUCAAUUCAGUCCCAGCACCUCAAGCUAAUAUAAGUGGACAACCUGUGCCGAACAAUUUAUCUGAGCAACCAACGACAGCAAUUCCAACACAAACUUUUACAAAUCAAUCAUUCCCUCCCAUCGUUCCACCUCCUCAGGUACAGUCAAUCUUUCCAGCAGCUUCUAAUUCCCAUUCUUCGCCAGGUAUUCAUCAGCAAACACCUGUAGUAAAUAUAAAUCCUAAUGUGAAUAAUGAAAAAUCGCAACAACCAUCUGCAGUUGUGCCCAACACUCCUCUUCAACAAAUCCAAACCAAUCAAUCUCAAGCACCACAAAUAACACAAGUUUUUAAUCAGAAUCAUUCAACAAUGCCUAGUAUAACACCUCAUCAAUUGAUAGCUCAUCAUCAACAACAACAACAACAGCAGCAACAGCAAACAUUAAGUGCACAAUCUCAACAAAGUGUGGCUGGAACCACAAGCAACUUAACUCUCGCUGAGCAACAAGUUGCUGCUUUAGCAACAUUACAGCAACAACAUCAUAACCCACAUCCUCAGUUACAACAAUCUACAACUAAUCAAAAUAAUUUGUCAGGAUUACCCACUGGUUUCGUAAAUGCCAAAUUUCCAUCCAACAUUGUCUCAGCAUCUCAAGCAGUUUCAGCACAACAGCAACAGCAACAACCAUCCCAGAUUCCACCUCAUCAUAGCUUAAACAAUCAAAAUAAUAACAUUAAUAGCGGUGCAACAGGUACUUUAUCUCAACAAUCAUCACAAGAUAAAUAUGAUCAAGCUGUUCGCAUUCUUGAACAUAAAACCCAAAAAAUGGAAAUCAAAGAAAGAACGAAUCAAGUACAAGUUAAAGAUAUUAUAGCAACAGCAAGUGUGAAUGAUUGGGAAACUGAUGCUACCAAAUUACAGAUGCAACAACAAACAUCGCAACAAGUUCAUAAACCUCCUUCUCAUUACAGCACAUCUCAUAACACAUCACAUUUUCAUGCAGCACAGCAUCAUAACACUAAUAACAACACUAAUAACAGUGCUAAUGAUCGAGGUGGUUCAAAUAUUAAUGAUUCAAAUCAAUGGAGCAAUGACAUGCACACAAAUUCCCAGCAUAGCGGUCAAAAUUCAUCAAAUAAUGCAACAAGUGGUUUAAAUAAUAAAAAUAACGACUGGGUUAGCACAUUUGAUUCGCAAGAGUCUAACCAUUGGAAUAGUAGUGAAGCAUCAACCAAUUACAGAGGACGGCAAUCAUUUAAUCGAAAUGAUCGAACAAAUGGUGGUGGUCCCGGAAAUAGUAGCAUUCGUAAUGAUCGAAACGAUAAUAGUCGUAGCGGCAAUACGGGGGGAUAUCGUGGCCGAUCAAGUUAUUCAACUUCUCAAAAUAGUAACGGAAAUUCCAGUGGACCAGGAGGUGGAAAUGGUGGAGGAAUAGCUGGUGGAAAUCGAAACUCUGUUUAUUUCCGUAAUAAUGAUAAUUACUAUCAGAAUGGAAAUAAUAACGGUUACAACGGAGGGAAUAAAGAUAAUGGAGGAAACCGUUAUGGAGGUGGUGGUAAUAAUGCGGGGGAAAGCUAUAGAGGAAGGCCAACUGCUGGUGGAGGAAAUGCUGGUGGAGGACCUCGUUCUGGCGGUAAUGGUCCACCACCAAGGCAACAACGCGGUAGUCUUGGAAGUGCUGGAGGAGGGAGUGGUGGAAUGGGACCGCGUGGUCAAGCUGGAGGACCACGUACUUCUGCUGGAGCCUAUAGUAGUCGGCCACCACGGCAACAGGACGUUAAUGUCGUAAAUUAAAAUUUCAAUAUUAAAAAAUAUAAAAAGACUUAAUACCAUCUAUAAUAAACAAGGAAUAAAUAUUUAAAUCAAUUAAAAGGAUAAAUACGAAAAAAUCAUAAAAUCUAUGUAUCAAAAUGAAUAUAUACGAAACUAAAACGGAAAAUAUGGGCAGAGUAUAAUUUAUAAAUGUAUUAUUAAUUAAAUUAAAAAAAAAAUUAAGAAAAAAUAAUUGAUUACAAAUAAAUUUAAACCUAUGUGUUGAAAUAUUAAUAUCAAAUAAUUAUUUAAAUUAUAACAAGUAAUGUAAUAAUAUUAAUAAAUAAUCAUAAAAAAAUAGAAUUUUAAUAAUUGAGUAAUAAAAUAUUAAUAUUCCUUUGAAAUAGAAAGAAACAAAAAACGAUAGAUAAUUAAAAAUUCAAUUUACUACUACUUAAAAUUAGUACACAAAAAUUAAAUACUAAAUAAUAAAAAAAAAAGAAAAAAAUGUGAAAUAAUAGAGAUUAAUUAUAUCUUUCAAAUAAAAGGAAACAAAAAAAAAUUAUUACAAGUAAAUAAGGAAAUAAAAGAAUGUUAUAUCUAUAUAUAUAUUGCGUAAUUUAUAUAAUGGUAAUAAAUAUUGCGCAACGUAUAUAUGUAUAUAUCUCAAAAUAAAUAUUAUAUAAUUUUGAAUUUUAUCUGCAUUACUGUAAAGGAAAAAUGGAUUUAAUAAAAAUCGGAAUGUGGAAGAAUGUUCACAGUUCCAAUUUUUAUCUACCUUUUUCUUCUCUAAUUUUUUCUCUUUUAUAGAAAAAAAAUAUAUAUAAAAAUAAAUUCAAAAAAAUAUUAAAAUUUUUUUUUUCCCUUAAUUUUUCUUUUUAAUUAUUUUUAUGGCUUCAAUUAAAGAACGAAUAUUAAUUAUAUU